GCGGGUUGUUUUGUGAAAUGUGACUCUCGCGCCCCGAACCGCAUUCGCGUUUCACUAUGACCGCACUUAUCACCGCCGCGAGCAAAUCUGUGCAGGAGACACAAGUUCCACAGAUUCACAGUAUGGAGAGCAGCUGACGUGACCAUUACUUCUCACCAGAACGUUUUUUUUUUUAUUCUCGACCCCUACCACUGACAUUUUUCAAUGUUCGGAGUGCUAGACCUCAGAAACUAGUUGAAGUCUUUAGUUUUUGUAACUUAUUCUUUAGCACUGAAACCUUGACGGGCUUUUGUUUGAGAACCAGUGAUGUCCCUCACGAGGAUGCUCAGGAGGAUGUCUCAUUUUCUGAAUCAGAAGAGAACCCUUUUCUAUGUUCUCUGUGUGUUUUUAUCCGUUUCUGUAGUUUACUCAUACAACAUUGACUUAGAACAUCCUAUUGUGUUCCGUGGACCUGAUUCAAGUUUUUUUGGAUAUUCAGUUCUAGAGCAUUAUCAUGACAAUACACGCUGGGUUCUGGUAGGGGCUCCCAAGGCCAACUCUAUCUACAGCAGCUCUGUUCACACCCCAGGAGCCGUGUUCAAGUGUCGUGUCCACAGCAACCCUGAGAGACAAUGCACUGAGAUGGACCUGGGAAGAGGGAACAAAGCCAGGGAGUCCUGUGGGAAGACGUGCCAGGGGGACAGGGAUGAUGAGUGGAUGGGGGUCAGCCUGGCCCGGCAAGAUAAACCUAAUGGAAAUGUACUGGCCUGUGCCCACCGCUGGAAGAACGUCUACUAUGACUCGGAGCACAUCCUUCCUCAUGGCUACUGUUCCAUCAUCCCUCCCACUCUGCAGGGCCGGACCAGACCCUUGAUACCCUGCUACGAAGACUAUAAGAAGAUGUAUGGGGAAGAGCAUGGAUCAUGCCAAGCGGGGAUAGCAGGCGUUUUUACUGAGGAGCUGGUGGUUAUGGGAGCUCCAGGAUCAUACUACUGGACUGGAACAGUCAAGGUCUACAACCUGAGCUCCAACACCUUCUACAACCCCAACAAAGAAGACGUUGACUCUCACAGAUACAGCUAUCUAGGCUAUGGGGUGACUGCUGGACACUUCUCCUCCCCUAACGUUAUCGAUGUGGCGGCAGGAGCCCCACAACACAGAGGAGGGGGGAAAGUAUAUAUAUUCAGAAUUGAUGGGUUGUCUUUGGUGAAGAUCUUUCAAGCCUCAGGGAAAAUGAUGGGGUCUUACUUUGGCUCCUCAUUGUGUGCAGUUGACCUGAACCGGGACGGCCUCUCAGACCUGCUCGUUGGAGCGCCCAUGUACAGCACUCUACGUGAUGAGGGACAGGUCUCCGUCUACCUCAGCAAGGGCAAUGGGGUUAUGGAGGAGGCUGGACUCCUAAAUGGAGAUAAUGCCUACAAUGCUCACUUUGGAGAGUCUAUUACUGCAAUAGGAGACAUUGAUGACGACGGAUACCAAGAUGUGGCUAUAGGAGCACCCAAAGAAGAUGAGUACAGUGGAGCGAUCUAUAUUUAUCAUGGAGAUGCCACAGGAAUCAUCAACAAAUAUUCUUUGAGGCUGUCUGGACGAAGCAUUAGUCCCGCCCUUCAGAUGUUCGGCCAAUCAGUCUCUGGCAAUGUGGACAUGGACGGCAAUGGAUACCCAGAUAUCACCGUUGGUGCGUUUAUGUCUGAUAGUGUGGUGUUGUUGAGGUCCCGGCCAGUGAUCACCGUGGAUGUGUCCAUAUACCUCCCUGUCUCCAUCAACAUCACUGUGCCUGAGUGUCACGAGGGCCCACAGCAUCUCAACUGCUUCAAUGCUACAAUCUGCCUGGUCUUCAGAGGGAAACAACUGCCAGGACAGAUAGAGUUGAUGUAUAACCUGACAGCGGACGUGGAUAAGAGACAGAGGAGCCAGCCCUCCCGGGUCUACUUUGUUCACAACGGGGCUCAGAUCAGCUCUGUGGCCAACCGGCUGUCCCUGGACAUCAACAGAGAGGCUUGCCAGCAGUACACUGCCUACGUUAAGAAGGACGUGAAAGACGUGUUCACGGCCAUCACGUUCGAAGUGGCCUACGCUCUGGGGAAGCAUGUCGUCGACGGUCACCUGGACAAGGACCUGCCUGCUCUGUCGCCAGUGUUACGUUGGAGGAAAGGAGACAUGAUUGCAGCAAGGAAUGAGACAUGGUUUGAGAAGAACUGUCUGUCUGAUGACUGUGCCGCUGACCUGAGACUCCAUGGGCAACUACUGCUUUCUGGGCUCCAUGUGAGUCCACAUCUAGCCCUGGGUGGAGUGAGGAAUGUCUCUCUGAACGUGACCAUCUCCAACACAGGGGAUGACGCUUACGACACCAACAUCUACUUCAACUUCUCCAAAGAGGUCUUCUAUAUCAACUACUGGCAGAAGGAGGAGAAGGGCAUUUCCUGUGCUCUUGUUGAUUUAGACUUCCUUAAAUGCAGCGUGGGAUUUCCCUUCAUGAGAGCACAAACUAAGUAUCAUCUUGCAGUCAUCUUCGACACAAGCCGGCUUUCAGGGGAAAACGAGACGUUGCAGUUUUACGUUCAUGCAAAAAGUGCCAACCCGGAGCACAAACUGCAGGACAAUACGUUAGAUCUGUCUAUCCCACUGGUCCAUGAGGUGGACUCCAUUAUCACUGGUGCUGUAAACCCACAGUCCUUUGUGUAUGGGAACUCCGUUGAUGCGUCUCGCUUCGUUCAGCUAGAGGACAUGGAGUGUAACUUCCAGCCUCUCAACUUCACCUUCCAGGUGAUCAACAAUGGUCCUAGCAGGUUACCUGGCUCCAUGGUGGACAUCAGGAUCCCCAACCGUCUGGUGGGGAAUGGGGCCGACAUGUUUCACAUCAUAGACACACAGGUGGCCGAGGGACGGGGGAACUGCACCCCCCAUCGGAACCCUCAGCCCUGUUCGCUUCCCCAGGAUAGAGACAGUAUCUUCCACACCAUCUUCGCCUUCUUCACCAAGUCUGGCCGUAGGGUCCUGGAUUGCGACCGGCCAGGAAGAGCAUGUUUGUCCAUGUUGUGCACUUUGGGCUCCCAGGCCAAAGAGGAGGCUAUCAGUAUAGAUGUGAAACUCCUACUGAACACAGAGAUACUCAAGAGGGACAGCUCGUCGCUGAUCCAGUUUGUGACGAGGGCUAACGUGAGAGUGGAUAGGAAGGCCUUGGAACUCCCUAAUGGCCUAUCAGAAGACACGUCACUGGUGUUCGAGGCGCUCCACAGCCAGGAGCCAAGGGGCUAUGUGGUCGGAUGGAUCAUUGCCAUCAGCCUGCUAGUGGGAAUACUCAUCUUCCUACUGCUGGCAGUGCUACUCUGGAAGAUGGGUUUCUUCCGCCGGCGCUACCGAGAGAUCAUCGAGGCCGAAAUGAACCGGAAGGAUAGUGACGAGAGCUGGGAUUGGGUGGAAAAGAACCAAUGAGAGACAAAAGCAGUCAGUGAGCGCAGGGAUUGGGUCAAUGGAUGAUCCAAUCAGCUGGGGGCUUUUAUCACAGCCAGCAAAUCAGGACCAAGGGCCCUUCAAUCUUCCAUAUGUGGAAGAGAAAGAAAUAUUCUCCGGAUUUUUCGGAGGGAGACUUUACUAUUUUGUGGGUGGGGGACCGGAGAUCACGGAAGAAACGGACAUCUGAUGUGAUGGUCGGUGUGGUUUGCUAUGGUCACUUUCAUUAGGAUCCUAAUUCAUUGCAACAGCGAAUGAGAAUUUGUUUUUCUUAUUGGACAAGCCCAAGGAUUACUUUCCUGUUUCAGUCUGUUAGAUAUUAUCCACUUUGAUUCGUGAACAAAAUCAUAACCCGAAAAUCAGGGGGGGACAUCUUUAUUAGCAUGAGUUUUCAAGAUGUUACUUUCUGUUGAUGUUACAGUGUUCUCAAUGAGAACAUCGUCAACACAGACCUUUAUGACAGAAUACAGAGGAGGAGGUCAAGACAAUGGUCACUGGCCAAUCAAAUGCCCUCAUACCCCAACAACUAAGCAAGUGUGUGUGUCUUGUCUGUGUGUGUGUGUGUGUGUGUGUGUGUGUGUGUGUGUGUGUUUGUGUCCAACUCCUCAUACCCUCCUGAGAGGUGUCCUCUGUGUCCUACAACAGGAUUGUGGUCAAAUGACCUCCUCAGUUUAACCUCCUAACUUUAAGAUAAGCUGCUCUCUUUGGCCUUCUCUCUUUUCAGCCUUUGUAGGUGUCAGUUAGCACUCUCACGCAUUGUUAAAGCUUUGAUUACAUUUCAUGUCUAUAAUAUCAAAGGUCCAACAGUAUUUCUUCAGUUUGGUGCCAAACAAAUAGGACACUCGCUAAAUAAUUCAACUAGUCCCUUGGAGCCUUUGAAGGUAACUUCCUGCCAAUCCAAUAAAUGGAGGUAUCUCGCUGACAACAGGAAUGAACAUGUUCAGAUAGAUGAAUUGUUCAGAAGAGAAAUUAUCGUGAGAUUUAUCGGAACAGGGAAUUGUGUCGGCGGAAUUUAUUCUAUUUUUAUCUGCAACUGUCCAAGUGUUGCACAUCCCUGAAUAUACUCAAGGAAGUUUACGUCCUUGUAAAGGAAGUGGAAAUGACAUGGAGGUGACACAGAUAUUAUCGGACAGGACAACGAAAACCCUCAGGGCUCUGUUUUAAUAAAGCAAAAUUUAUUUUUAUACAUAUUGAAGCCAUAUUGUGUUAAAUUGGGGCUUUGAGAAGGGGUUUGUUGUGGGUUUUGAAGUCUAAUGUUAAGCAUAUAUAUGUUUUUCUAUAAAGCACUGAUGUCCUAGUUGAUACAAGUUAAUUCCAUGUUUCCAAAGAUUUUCCUUUUGUUUCAAGGUCAAAGAUACGUCAUGUAAAGUAUGGUAUAUGAGUUUGUAUAUUAUUCUGGUGACAUUUCCUGAGUGGGAAAUAUUGUUUCUUUUAAUUCCGUACUGUAUACUGCUCACAAAUAUCUCUUGAAUAUCUCACAUGUUCCUCUCAUAAUGUUUGCUACAGUAAGUGGGUAACCAAUUCAAGUCCAUUCAAAUCAUCAUUCGAUUGUUAUGUGUAGACCUAUUCACCAUAAACAAAGAUACAUUUUGUCACACAUUAAAGUAGUCACUUUCAUGAAGAAAGACUGAUCAUCAAACAAAAUAACUAAGGUUUUUAAUGAGUAUACUGGUCCAGAUACUAAAUCUGUAUGUAUAUUAAAAUGGAAACUCAUCUCAGCCAUUACCCAAGGAAGCUGCCCGUUGUUACAAAAGCAGAUAUCAUCGACACCACUGUAGCUAGAAUAUUAUAUUUACACUUAAUUUAGACACAUUUCAUAAAGAAUUGUCUUCACAGUCCGGCAACUGAGACAGUGAAUAGAGUAGAGUACAUAAACAAAGUAAUCAUAUUUAGAUAAGCAUUUCUGUGCCAAAGAAACAUUCUUCUUGCUGCAAUUAAGAUUAUAAUCUCAUCAGUGGUGUAUGCCAGAGGUCAUGACUCAGACGGGAGUUGAGAAGAUUUCAGAAAUGUUGGUACUGUCAGAUUUCUUCGAAUGAGUUAGGUCAAAGAUGAGAAAGAUGUUUACUGCAUAAACUGUAGUAAUGACAUUGUA